AUGUCUGAGGGAAAGAGGCAGUCUCUCCCCCCUCCACAGAGCAUCGCAGAACCGGACGCGGGAGUCAGAGCAGGUGGUGACGAUCAGCCGGGGUCCACUGUACGAUCCGUUAUACGCCGGGGUGGAACCAGACGCCACCUGUCCCGGACAAUUAGUGUGAGCGGCAGUACGGCUAAAGACACCAUCGUGGCCGGCCGCGACGGGGGACGAGAUUACACAGAAAUCAACUCCAUUCCCCCUCUACCCCUCUACGCUCUGCUCUCUGCUGACCUGGACACCUCCUAUAAGGGAGGAGAGGAGGGGGCGAAGGGAGGGAAGGUGGCCGAGGUAGAGGGKGCGAGGAAGACAGRAGGAGAUCAGUACACAGACCUGUUCCAGUUGCAGGCGGUGACGACAGAUGACUUUGUGAGCUUCGCUACAGAGAAAGUAGAGAAGAAGUCUARAUUCAUCAACCUGUCUCAGUACGGACCCACCUACUUCGGACCAGAACACGCACAGGUGUUAUCUAGUCAGCUGAUGCAUUCCAGUCUUCCAGGUCUGACCAGGUUGGAACAGAUGUUUCUGGUGGCUCUAGCUGAUACUGUAGCUACCACCAGUUCAGAGGUCAGCAGCUCCACUGACAAACAGUACACAGGUCAGUCUCAGAGAGAGGGAGGGUGUCUGACUUGGGCCAUGUUUUACCUGACCAUGGUCUAUUAG